AUGUUCAGUCGUUUAAGGGGAAAGGAAAGUAAAGCGGAUUUAAAGAAGGAUUUGGGAGAUAAAGUCUAUUUACCUUUUGGUACACCAAGUCAGUUAUCUAAAGUACCGGAACCUAAUGUCUUAACCAAAGAACAAGAGGAAAUGUAUUUGGAGGUUUACAAACAUUUUGUCAACCCUGAUUUGAAGGUUGCUAGUAACGAAAAUGAUCAAAAAAGUAAAAAGACCGAAGCAUUCACCCCAUUAAGUGAAAGCGAAAAAAAUUGGUUAACUCGGGAAUGUUUCUUCAGAUAUUUGAGAGCUACCAAAUGGCAUUUAAAGGACUGUAUUGAUAGAAUCGAAUUAACAUUGGCCUGGAGAAGGGAGUUCGGUAUCAAUGGGAACUUUGAAGACGAUAAUAAAGUAAACGGGAAAUUGUGUUCACCAGAAAAUGGUACUGGUAAAGAAGUUAUUUUAGGUUAUGAUAAUGAUGCUAGACCUUGUUUAUAUUUAAAGCCUGGAAGACAAAAUACCAAACCUUCAAUCACUCAAGUCCAACAUUUAGUUUAUAUGUUGGAAAGAGUUAUUGAUUUCAUGCCAUCAGGACAAGAUUCCUUAGCAUUAUUAAUAGACUUCAAACCAAGUGAUGUAGGAAUCUCCACAGGUAAAAUCCCACCGAUCGGUACAGGUAGACAAGUGUUACAUAUCUUACAAACACAUUAUCCUGAAAGAUUAGGUAAAGCAUUAUUAACUAACAUCCCAUUAUUGGGUUGGACUUUCUUAAAAAUUAUUCAUCCUUUCAUUGAUCCAUUAACCAGAGAAAAAUUGGUCUUCGACCAACCAUUCCCUGAAUAUGUUCCAGUUGAUCAAUUAGAUAAAGAUUUUGGUGGAAAUGUCAAUUUUGAAUAUGAUCACGAUAAAUAUUGGCCGGAAUUAAUUAAAAUUGCCGAUGAAAAGAAAACUAAAUAUGUCAAAAGAUUUGAAAAAUUCGGUAGUAAGAUCGGAUUAAGUGAAGUUGACUUAAGAGGUGAUCACGAUGAGUUAAUUCAUCCAUUACCUGAAAUUUAA